CGCGCGCGUGUGGUGGUGGCGGCGACGACGGACAUGCGCGUAGCUGCAGCGAACAUGGCGGCCGCCUGCAUCUGACAGAAAGUGAGGGCUUCACCAUCAAAAUAAGCGCUUUCAACGCUCGUUAAGAGCCUGUUUGACUUCCUCUGCUGCUGCGGGCUAACAUCUUGGUCAUCAUGGGCCGAACACCACACAAAGAUCAGAAAGAGGAGAAGAAGGAGAGGCCGAGCAUCGGCGCAGGCUCUGUGCUCGACAAAUCUAAUGAGCCAUUUAGUUGGGAAGACUACCUGAGAGAGACCUCAUCUAUUGCAGCUUCACCUACUUGCUUCAAACAGUCCAGAAUCCCCCCCUCCAAUGACUUCAAGGCUGGCAUGAAGCUUGAGGCUCGCGACCCGCGCAACUCCAACUCCGUUUGCAUCGCCACUGUGAUGGGCAUGAUGGGUACUCGACUACGCCUGCGUCUGGAUGGGAGCGACAACACCAAUGACUUCUGGAGACUGGUCGACUCGUCUGACAUCCAACCAAUAGGCACCUGUGAGAGGAAUGGUGACAUGCUGCAGCCCCCGCUGGGCUUUAGAAUGAACGCCUCCUCGUGGCCAAUGUUCCUCCUCCGAACGCUGAGUGGAGCAGAGAUGGCACCAGCCUCUGCUUUUAAGAAGGAACCUGUUAGCCCCAUUAAAAACUACUUCAAGCCUGGUAUGAAGCUGGAAGCCGUGGACAGGAAGAACCCUUACCUAAUUUGUCCAGCCACCGUGGGUGAGGUCAAAGGUCAGGAGAUCUUUGUCAUGUUUGAUGGCUGGCGAGGUGCCUUUGACUAUUGGUGCCCCUUCGACUCCAGAGACAUCUUCCCCGUCGGUUGGUGCGUGCUGACGAAACACAGUUUACAGCCGCCUGGAAACUUCUUCACCCUUCCAGGUGCUCUCCUUGCCCCCGUUUCAUCCUCCUCCGCCUCCCUCACAACACGCCGCUCCACUUCCAACUCGUCCUCAUCCACGAUGCAGACCUCAUACCGACUUCCCAACCCUUUGCCUCCCCUGCCCGUUCGCAAGGGUGUCAGAGGUCGCCGUCCCAAGUCGCAGACUAUUGCUUUGUUGAAGGCCGCGGCUGAGGCUGCAGCAGCUGCAGCGGUCAAUGGAGCAUCACAGAGCCCUGUCAGGGCCACUCAAUUGGCCCCCAGACCGCACAGGAAGAGAGGGCCCAAGCCUGGGAGCAAGAGAAAGCCUCGGGUGGUACAGUCACUGGGCUCAUCGUCCAAUCCAGCGUCUCCUCCAGAGACCAGACUGAGCACUAGCCAUGUCUCAGUAGACAACCACCAUAACAACAAUUCAAAUGUAGUCUGCACAGUGUGCGUUUAUGUGAACAAACACGGUGACUAUGGCCCCCAUCUUGACCGUAAACUGGUGCAGCAGCUCCCAGACCACUUUGGGCCAGCUCCAGUCAACACAGUGUUACAGCAAGCCGUCCAGGCCUGUGUGGACUGUACGUACCAACCCUCGGUGCUGCUCUCCUUCCUGCAGAGCCAGUCCCACACAGGAGGAGAGGUCAUUCGAGUGCGCUCCGAGCAUGGUAUCCGUUAUGUCAAGCUCCCGUCUGUCUCCAGUGCGUCCACAGUGCUGAGGUUCUUGGAGAACCUAUGUCAGCAUCUGGAGAGUGUCAGCCUGUUCAGCUCACAGCCGUUCAGCCCCUUCAGCAAAAACACACACUUCUUUGACCGGACAAAGUCAGAACCACUGCCUCACACGGAAAACAGUACAUCUAACAACGAUUCAUCAAAAGAAUCUGGACCUAACGCACGAGCCCCUCACAUAGCGGUAGACUAUCGGGCGACAAAGAGGGAACGGCCGUAUUACGCCACACACUCACACACGCCUCCUCCUCUAAGGAGAGUCAGCUCCAACCCAAGUGAACUCGGACAAGUGCCCACACACAGACGCGUGGAAGCAGCUAGUUCAACAACAGGCCCAGAGCACGCGACACAAGACAAAGAGAGUUCAGGGAACGAUGCGUCUUCCUGGUCAGUGGAUGACGUGAUCCGGUUUGUCCAAGAGGCUGACCCACACACUCUUGGUCCACAUGUGGAGCUGUUUAGGAAGCACGAAAUUGAUGGCAAGGCCCUGAUGCUGCUGCGCAGCGACGUCAUUAUGAAGUACAUGGGACUCAAGCUGGGCCCCGCGCUCAAACUUUGUCAUCACAUCGAGAAGCUGAAACAGACCAAACAAUGAAAGGACCGAUAUGUUCUCUUCUCCCUGGCAAAAACACGAGUAUGCAUCCAGGAGGGGAAGCACUGACGGAAACCAUCAGAACACCUGUCUGUGCGCUGUUUUAUGGACUGUACAUAAUGUAUGUACAUUUUGGGGAGUUUUAGAAGUCUGCAGGCUAUUGUCAAUCACCAACUUACACCUUUGUAUUUUGAACUUUGAAUUUGAUGAUUAAGACAAAUACGUGAACUGACAAUGCAGGGGGGUCCAAACUAUAACCAGGGGGAAAUUUGCGGCCUGCCGUCCAUUUUCUAGAGGCCUGCACAACAUGCUAAAAAUAACCGAAAGGGUAGAGGGGCAGCAUGGAAAGUGGCGGGUUGCGACAUCACUAACAACAAAUACGUCUUAUGUCAAGACACAAGGAAAGUGAUACGCAACGUGGCGGCAUUUCCAAAAAAAAAAUGAAAAUCUGUCAAAAGUAAGCGCUUGCAAAAGCCGCUUCAACCUGAGCACAAUGCAGCCAGAAAUCUGAA